CAGACUCGCAGAUACCCGCCACUCACACAUACAUAUACGUAGAAACUUGCCACACAGAUACUCAGAUACAGAUGCCCGGUUAAUUGUUGCCGUGCAGCCCAAUUGCCGAUCAUUUGGGAUGGCUAACCAUGUGUUUGUAUCAAUGUGUAUGUGUGGGUUUAUAUUUUUAAAUCAAUCGAUGCGAUAGACGUUUUAUUGCUGUAAUCAAUCGUCGCGUGCAUGUGGCAGCGUCGCCUGUUCGAUUAAUCGUAUGAGCUCGACCACGAGUACCAACAACUGGUAUUACACAGAUACGGAUAUUCGUAGGCAAUGCACUUGGAGAAAUGACUGGUAUUUGUAGGGUUUAUGAUGGUUUCAAAUUUUAUACUCAUAGAUAAAGACCUCCCAUAGAAACCAAAAUCAGUUUUUUAUUAUCAUUUUUUAUUAUCAGAACCAUCAUUAUCUUAUCAAACUUAUCAAAAAACUUCCUGCUAUCAAAUAUCUUUAAAUUUAAUAAAAUUUAUUGUCAUUUAAAAAUAUUUCAAAGUCAGUUUCUGUUCUCACAUUUGAAAGGUAAUAGAUAUGGCAGUUUUAGUAACAAUUUCUCUCUGUGUACACUUAUAUCCGCCUAUGUAGACAUAUCUGUAUAUAUGUACAUACGUGUUGCUCUAAUAGAUGAGUGCGUACCACUCGUCCCCGCUUGAUUGUGUUUAUUGAUUAGAUUGUUUACCUUUCUUCAUGAUAUCAUCGGCGACCCAAGUGUUGAACGUUAUCGUACGUCAACUGUCCAAAUAAAUGUACAUCUGAGCACACAUAGAAAACUAUUCCUAUGGCAUAAAUAUGUAGAUGGAUGUACAUAUUUUCCAUAUUGAGAGUGCAUACGCGUGUGUGUGUGUGUGUUUGAUAGUUCUUAUCGAAUCGCUUCCGUUCAAUUUGGCACAGAAAGUUUCAGACUUCGGGGGAUUUUUCGUAUUUUGUGAUACCAUUGUUGUUGUCAAGCUCUAUGGGUAAUUCGCUGGCCUUAUCGGAGAUCGAUUUUUAAUGGGUGUGAAAACGGGGAAAGUGAUUUAUGGAACGCUUUUUACGGCUGUCACCUAUUAAUAUCCAAAUCGAACUGAUUUCAUGAACAGUUCGAUGGGAAAGAUUUCAAUAAAAUCAAAAUUUAUAUUGAUUUAUUUGGCUCAUUUAAUUACUUAAUAUUUAUUAACAGCUGGGAAAACUACUCCAAAAAUAAAUACCGUUAAUUGAGUGCGACACCUUGUAAGCUAAAAUCAAUUGCGUCCCGCAAGUUUUGCGAUUGCUCAACCCAAAAACAAACUUUAACUAGAAAUUAGCAAAUAAAAAAACUGUACACUGAAAAUGGCGCACAGUGGGGGGAAAUAGAAUAAAAAUGUAUAAAUAAACACAACAAAGCGGCAGCGCAACAGUAAAACAGCAAAAAGUGCAAAAGCAAUUGAUCUAAUAAGCCAAGAACGCGGCGGCGCUCACUUUACGCGUUCUUCUCCUUAUUUCGUUUUUUUUUUUUUUUGUAUUUAACAAAAACAAGUACAACAAUAACAAUAGAACAUUUUGCGGGAGGGCUUCCCUCGCGGCAGAAAAAUACGCAGCGUAAUUCAACAAAAACCAAAUAGAAUGCUAUAAACGGGGCAGUCGACUUACAGAUACCUUCUACCAAUGACCUUAUCAACAGAUGUUAUAAAUGUAAAUUUCACUUAUAAAUCUUACUCAUCCAAAUUAAAAACUUAUACAGAUAAAAGCACUUUCCGUUCAACAAAUUUAAACAUUUUCUCUUGGUUUGAAACCUUUAUAUAAUGGACCUGGACUUAAAAUACUUUCCUAGUAUAGGGUAUUAAAAGAGGAAUCGUCUAAAGAGCAGUUGAGAGAAGGAUGAGGAAAGUGAUUUUGCUCAUUUCGUGGAAAGAGAGCGCAACAGCGCCAUAUGUCUGCUGGAGCACGAAAAUCACGUUAGACCGAAAGAGAUGGCAGGGCCAUAAGAACAUUCAGAGACGCAACAGUCGCGCUCACUCACACACACUCGCAUAAAGUGACGCCGACGACUUGGCGACGCCAGUUCACUUGUUGUUCUUGUUGUGUUCUGUUUCUCUUCUUGUUGUUCUUGUUCUUGCCGGUUAUUGUUAAUCAUUCGCCCAGGGGCGGUUCAGGCAUUUAUGGGGCUAACUCAACCAACCAACCGUUGAAUGAUGCAACCCAAUAAUGUAAAUGAAAAACAAUAUGCUAACCAGCAAACAUGAAUAUCUAAUUGCUAGAAUAAAUUUAAUUUUUUGGGUGCAGUGCAAAAAUAAGCACAACUAUUUGCCCACACGAUGAUGUUUGACAGAGAGAAACAGUUGAUCGGUUCUAUUAACCCUUGUGAGAUGCAUGUACUUUUUAUCUUAUUAAAUUUACCUUUAAUAAUGCUAUGUAUAUUUUACAUAUCAUAUCACAUUUGCUGUUAUUGUCAAGAGAUUUUAAUAAAUUGAAGCUGUUUUAUAUUGUUAUUGAAAACAAUCUUAAUAGCUUUGUACAUCAAUAAUAACUUAUAUUACCGAUCUAAGUAGUUGUACGAAAAUGUACAAUUUUGAUCUAAAAUCAUUUAGAAAAUUUGUUAACUGCUUUAUAAAUCCACUUAUUUUUAAACUCAACUUUUUUAAAACAUCCGGAAGUUGGAAACAAUAAAACUAUUAAUCAAAAUUACAAGUCAGAUCUAUUAAAUGAAGAUCAUAAGAGAGUGUUGGCACCUGCAUUACGUACACACACAUGUACUGCUCUCUCGGGCGCCCAAGGGCUAAGCGUCGCUGCCUGUUGCGCUGCCCGCGUCGCUGCCGGCGUCGAAAAAAACACUCGAGGCCCGGCCCGCCAUUCUUCGAUCUUUCGUCUUUCGGUUUGGUUGUUCGCUCGGUCCGUACGGCGCGGAAUGGAAUGGCGUGGCUAUGAUAUUUCGACGAUGAAUUCGAACAAGUCGGAAUAAACAACGCAACAUAAACAAAAGGCAAAAAAGAAACCACAAAAGAACGGAACAUACGCGCGAGUGUCAGUGCUUUGCAUACGUCUGUACAUAUAAAAUAAAAUAGUGUGUGUGGGCGAGAAGUGCGAGUGCAGUCGCCACAACAAGUUUUGUAUUAAUCAAAUUAGAUCAUAGCGCGAAAAAGAGCGCACAAGAGAGGCAAAGGAGAAGAAGAAGAGAAAAGGAAAAGGUUACAUGCGAAAUGAAUGUCAUAAUAUGCUAAUUAGCAGCGAUGCAAAAGCGAAAAUAGUAUAUGAAACAAAGUGCAAAAUUCAAAGUCUCUCUCCGAAAAAGAAAUAAAUAAAAAAAAAGUGCCAGUGCGUGUUCGAGUGAGUAAGAGAGUGUUAGCAAGGAAUUCCAAGAAAAACUGUGAAAAUUCAAAAUAAACAAAAGUCGAAAGAGAGAUAGACAGAUCCCCCUCUAAAGAAUACAAUAGAAAGAAGCAACACACAAAAAAAAACACUAAAAUCUGGGCAACCCCGCGGCCGGGCCGCAAUAUCUAUCAGAUUAGUGUUAGUUUUUACAACAACUACAACGUGUGCGGAUGAGCCCGCUGCAAAUACGUCACAGGGUAAUAAAUUUGAUAAUAAUAUGGAAAAUGCAACAACCACAACGGCCAAGCAUUACAAAACCGCAGGCAAACAGUACAAGACCAAUAAAGUGAACAAUACGCGACGUGCCACAGCAGCAGCAGCAGCAGCGGCAGCAGCAGCAACAUCAACUACAACACCAGCAACAUCAACCAAGAAGCGGACAUAUCGGGAAACUGCAAUAGCAACCACAGUCACUCAGAGGACAGCCAAUAAGGCUAACAUUGCUGCAGCGGUAGCAUUAGCAGCUGCAACAGAAGCGGUAUCAGCAACCGAAACUACAACAGUGGCAACAUUAACAGCCUCCAAAGCAGCAGCAGCAACAGAUGUUACUAGCAGCAACAUCAACAGCAACAACAACAGCAAACCCAGUACAAGUACAAGAGAUAAACUAAGUGAGUUGCCGCUGCCGACUGCUGACAACACCAACCACAUCAUCAACAACAACAAUAACAACAAUACAAAUAAUAAUAAUAACAACAACCACCACAGUGAUAAUAGUAUUAGUGAGAAUAAUUAUGAAUUUAAGUGUAGAGAUAAAGCAAGUCUAAGUGAUAGCAAAAUGACGCUACAACAGAUGGCAGCAGUCAGCAGCAACCAGGAGCCAGUGGCUCCGAAUGUGGCCAACACGAUGAGCAACGCAAGCAUCCUUAUCAAUAGCCAACAGACCACCGUAAAUGCCACACCCGCCACCGAUGAGGCUCCGUUGGGGGAUUGGUCAAAUAUUUCACGCUAUCUGCACAAGAAGUUUAAACGUUUGGCUAGCACCACCGAUGUGGAGACCGGUAAUGGUGCGACGAAUGGUGGUGGUGGUGGUGCGGCACAUCAUCCAAGUGGCGAUGGCGUUCGCACCACAUCGUUGUCCUCAAACAGUUCGCUUUCACCGCCGCCACCAACGCCGCUGGCCAAUGGUCAUCACCAUCUGAUGACCCAACAGCAGCAAGUGCAGCAGCAACAUCAGCCGUCGCCGCAGCAGCUGCCACCCCAGGCAGCCACACAUGAAUUCAGUGCCAAUUUUGUAAAUAGCAAUCAUGUCAAUGCCAUUGGUCAUGAGGAGAGCAUCAUCAGCAAUAGUGGAUACAAGGCGGCGGCAAGAACGCGAACACCACUCAGUAAUAGCAACACGAACAGUAAUAGCAACUAUGCUGCGAAUGCCACACUCUCACCGGCAACAUUUGCCCAACAUCAGCAAAUGACACAGCCAACAACGGUUAGUCCGGGAAUCCCAGGUGGAGCAGCAGCACUGGCAAAUCCUGUAGGAGAAAAGCCCGGACGUUACGUUUGCACUUACUGCAAUCUGAUAUGUGCCAAACCCUCGGUGCUAGAGAAGCAUAUUCGAGCCCAUACCAACGAGCGACCGUAUCCGUGCGACACCUGCGGCAUUGCUUUUAAGACGAAGAGCAAUUUGUACAAACAUUGCCGCUCGAGAUCGCAUGCAGCCAGAGCUCGGGGCCUGGAAGUGCCAGCCGAUGCAGAUGAUGGAUUGUCCGAUCAGGAUGCAGAGCUAAGCAACAGUAGUUCGGAAUUGCCAAGUCGCGCUGGAUCGCCUUACGAUGAGCCAAUGAAUUCGCCCACACCCUCACCUUCCACAUUGUCUGCGGCCAAGAGUGCAUACAUUCAGCAGCCACCGCUCCCACAGCAUAUGCAACAAUUGCCGCUGGGCUCGCCGGCUGCUGGGACAUUGCCACCUACAACAGCGGAAAAUCUCCACUCGGCCACUGCCCAGCAUCGUUCGUCGAUCGACUACAAGCCAUAUAAACCCAAGUUUCACAACGCCGCCCUGUAUGUACCCGGCAGCAGCAAGGAACAACAACAGCAGCAGCAACAACAGUUGCAGAUUCAGCAGCAACAUCAGUUGGCCCAGCAAAAGCUAUCCAUUCAGCUGCCUUUGGUGCAGCAGCCAUCGCUGGCACAUCCAACUCUGUCGCCCAGCACGCAGAUGAAGAUGAAGCAUCAUAUUAACUCGCAUCAGCUCCAGUUGCAGUUGCAGCAACAGCAACAGCAAUCCCUGUUGGCCCAGCAAUCUAUGUUGGCCGCCAUGCCACCUGGUGGGGUUUAUUACCUGGGUCAGCCUCCCUACUACAAUCAAGAUGCAGCGGCGGCGGCCAUUCACCAGCAUGCGUUGGUCCUUCAGCAAUUUCAACUGCAACAAAUUCAUUUGGCUCAGCAGCAGCAUCAGCAACAGCAACAGCAGCAGCAGCAGCAACAACAACAACUUUCGCCUUUGGUAAAGGCGCCACCACCAAUGCAACAGCCUCCAAGUCUGCCGCCUCAACAGCUGGUGCGAGCCAAUAGCCAAGUUUCCAAUGUAGCAACAGCACCUGCCACUCCCACGCCCGCCGCUAAUCUCAGCAGUUUUGCCAGCUCCAGUGGUGGCAAGCAAGUUAAUGUGGCGAAAGUACAGGAGCACAUUUCCAAGUUGAUCUCUCAAAAUGAAGCGAUUGUGGAGAACAAGGAGAUAUUGUUGCAGAAAAAGUACCCCAAGCAGCUGAGUCGUUCUCGUAGCUUCAACAAUGCCAACAGCAACAAUACAUCGCAACACGGUAGCAACCCGUCGACAUUGCCUGCAAGCAACAGUCACAACUUGAAUGCCCAGAUGCCGGAGCGGGAGACUAAAGUGAAUUUGGCACAAGCUAUCGUUCAAAAGCAGCAGCAGCAGCAACUUCAGCAACAGCAACUGCAGCAGCAACAACAGCAGUUAAUCCAACUUGAGCAGCAGCCCUACUAUACGUACAUGCAACAGCAGCAGGAAAACCAACAGCUGGAACCUCCUAAUGGCUUGGUUAAAAGGAAUAACAAUUAUAAGGUUGCGCCAGCGGUGCCUGUAAAGCAGCAGCCACAACUGCCACCCCCGCCUUCUCCAUUGCCCAUGCAAACGAUGCAGUAUCGCCAAGAUCCUGCAACGCCAGUGGCUAAAAUUGAGCAACCAGCAACGGCAGGGCAUGUGAUGCCUUUAAACUUAUCAGCGAAGCCUAAACCAACGCUGGUAACUGUGCCUGUUAGUUCCUUGCCCACCAGUUCUGCACCAACGACACCUGCAACAUCAGGGAAUCCGGCUGGUAGCUCCAAAACUGGACCACCACCCGCCCAGGUGAAUAACUCCAUCAUCAAGAAUCUGCUGCUAAAUGCUCGAGGAUUGGCAGUGCCAAUUGGCGAGGGUGAUGAUGCUGUCUACUCGUGUCCGAUCUGUGCGAGCGAAUUCCGCAGUGCGGAUGACCUGAAGCUGCACAACAGUACUUACUGCCAGGAUGCCAGCUCCAGUGCGCCAAUGAGUCCGGCAUCUUCUCCCUUCCGCUCCAAUUCGAUCUCGUUAAGUCUGCCGGAGCUGAAAAGUCACAUGGCGAACUCAAAGAAUCCAUUAUCUCUGGCCAAGUUGGCCUGGUCGCAGCUGAAAACCAAGAGGAGUAGUCUGGUAUUAAGUCGUCUCAGUGCGGCACAAACCCCAGCGAGGACAUCUACGGUAACAGCUCCCACUGUAACUGCAUCGGCAUCAGCUCCUGUGUCAGCGUCGCCCACAGUUCUUAUACAAAUAUCAGCUGCUGCUCCUCAGAUUGAAGCUUUGCGAUUUGUAGAUGCACCACUGCCAUCGCCGGGUCCGUUGUUGGGUAAAACGCCCCUAGUGGACUAUGCUCAGCAAAAUGCUCCCCGAAAGACCCAAGACUCUGUGGUUAUAACUAAAAUGCACGAGGAUCGGCAAUUUGCUUUGCGAGAUUUGGAGGCUCAGCCCGCCAAGCGUGUCAAAACCAACGACAUGGUGGUGGCAUCCUCUACUCAGCCAACGACAAACUUUAACUUUUUCAACAACCAGAAUAACAGCAAUAAUGUACCGGAGAUGCAGUUCUCCAAAGAGGAGCGACUGCGCAGAUUCACUUCCUCUGGCGGCAGUAUGAUUCCCAUUUCUGAGUGCCCAGACUUGGAUAACAGUCCUAAGAUGAUUCGUACUCCGUUGCUGUCCGGUGGAAGCUUCCAGGACGUUUCAGUAAAAGUCAACAAUGAGAUGGGAUCGUCUAGUAAGGAGCGCAAGCUGAUGGCACUGGCCACUGGUAGUGGACUGCUUGGCGUUAGCUCUGGCCCGCAGCACUUUCAGUUUCCGCCCAUUAAUUCUAUAACUGCCUUCAAUCCCUUAACGCUGCCACCGAUGAGCGGUGGGGAUAAAACCACACCAGUUACACCAAUACCUCAUGUGCCUGGAAUGCCAGGACCGGGUAGUUUGACGCCACAAAUGCCUCUACUGCCACCUCCACCACAACAACUCCAGUUGCCAAUUCCUUCAGGACGAGGACGUAGUCCGAAUCGCAAGCAACCGAGUCCACUUCUUUUGGGAGCAGGAGUAGGUGAACUAAAGGCUUUGUCGCCAUUCGGUGGAGUUCAGAAUGUGCCAAGCGAAUUCAGCCGACAACCACCAACUCCAGCUCAACGGCAAGCUCUGCAAUGGAACAGCAAGGAGACGUCAAAGAAAGCACCAUUUAACUUUCUUCGCAUGGCUGAUAAUGUGAAGACUGCGGAACCUGAAGGGCGUCACUUCAAUUUGGAAAAUGUGAUUGCUGGAAAACAGGCAGAAUCGUCGCUAACACCACUGCACGUGGAGACUCCCGCUGGAAGCACCACAGAGGAAGCCAAUCCUGUUGCCAGUUCUUCGACAUCUGCUAAAUCGAAGUUUUUGCGACCCACUAGUCUGCCACUUAAACCUGGAACCUUUACUCCAAAACGCCAUCAUGGCAUUACACCUACAGCGAAUACAUUGCCGCUGAUCUCGCCGGAGACUCCCAGGCCGUCCAAAUCCUGUGUGCAACUGUAUCUCAAUGGACAUGCCUAUACCUAUCUGGGUCUCAAAUGCAGCACAAAGAUGUUUUACUGUACGGUGAACUGUCCGCAACCUUCGUAUGUUGCCGGUAUGCAUAAACUAUCUAUGUAUAGCGUGUGGCAAGUGUGCGAGGAAAACCAGCCUCAUCCACUUGGAUUCAAACUAAAGCAAGUAAUGGCUCUCUAUGACUCACGUCAACGGAUGCUGGGAAAUGGCAGCUCCACUGCAAUGGCUGGAACAGGAAAACUAAACUAUAAUCUAGUGGCCUCUCAGCAAACUGUGUCAUCCACUUCGACGUCGUCCAGCAGCAGUGCCUUCUAUCAAGGACCAUUGAAGACCCCACCAACAGUUACGGUGGCUGCUCUCAGCGAGGCGAAUGUUGCAGCCAAGGCCAAUGAGGAGGCGCAGGCCAAAAAGCUGGAGACAAGUCCGUCUGGACAGCCCCUGGUGGGUGGCUAUGAGUCUCACGAAGAUUACACGUACAUCCGUGGCCGAGGAAGGGGAAGAUAUGUUUGCUCUGAGUGCGGCAUUCGGUGCAAGAAGCCAUCGAUGCUUAAGAAGCAUAUUCGCACCCACACGGAUGUGCGACCAUUCACAUGCAGCCACUGCAAUUUCAGUUUCAAGACCAAGGGCAACCUGACCAAGCACAUGCAAUCCAAAACUCACUUCAAGAAGUGCAUUGAACUGGGCAUCAAUCCGGGACCAAUGCCACCAGACAGCGAGUUCCUGGAUGUGGAUAUGGACUUCGACCAGCAAUCGUCCACUUCGGCAGGAGGCCGCACAUCAUCCAUGGCUGGAGAGUCCGAUUCAGAUGAUUACAGUGACAAUGAAUCGGAAAGUAGCGAUACGGAUGAAUCCAAGUCCCGAUUGAAAGAGCACGAAGCUGCUAGGGGACUUCUUUCGCUAUCGAUGACGCCGCCAAUUCCGCAGAGCGUGUCGCCUUACCCACAGAUGCAGGAUACACCACUACCGGCAGCCAGUCCUGCAAACAGCAUUGGUUCCUCCGGAUCACAACCCAAGAGAUUGGUGUGCUCUUUUACGUCGCCCAAGCCACCGUUCGACUACCAGAAGCAGGAACAGUAUUAUUCCAAUCCAGAGGAGUCCAAGCCAAAACGAAGCGUGGCCAGCGAGGAGAGUGCACCCAUGGAUCUUACUAAGCCGCGCGGCUCCAUGACAGCCAUAUCCCCUUCACCAAUUCCACCGCAUAUACAGGAUCUUCCCAAAUCGCAAGCCCAGCAGAUGCACGAUGUUAUUUUCGGCAGCUCUGGCAACGAAAGUGGUUUCAUGAAGACUCUAAUCUCAGUGUCAGACAAGGUUCGCAUAUCCGCUGAAAUGGAGGAGCAGGCCAAGCACGAGGCAGAGGGUGAGGAUGUUCAUCUGCAGACCUACAUCAAGGAACAUGCGCUGCACCAAGCCAAGAUAAAGCAGAGUCAGUUUAGCCGUAGCUAUCUGAUUAAUACUUUGUACACUGCGGCGUCCCCCGUGAUCAGCAGUAGUUCAUUGUUUACCACAAACAGCCGGCCCGUUAUGACCAUUAAUGAAGUUCCUAGCAUCGAAGUCCACGAGGUUAAGACUCCGGAAGCCGUUGAGUUGCCAACCAUUGCUCCUGCUGUCACUCCAGUUACUCCAGCGGCAAUUCCCGCUAAGAUAACCGAGGAAGAGAGCGAGGAGAACAAAGCGCAGUCGGAUCAGGAGAAGCCAAAAGUUGUCGAGCCACAUAAUGCUAAUCUGCCCGCUGCAGUGCAGCAACCGGAUGCCAAUGAUUUCAAGGGAGUACUUGGAAAUCCGCCCCCACCAAAACCAACAGUGUCUGUGGCUGUGACAGCAACUACAUCAACAUCUAUUCCUGUGGUACCCUCAUCUAACGCCAACUCAAGUCAACCCACACAGCGUACUGUGAUUGUGGGUGAAGAUGGCUUUAAAAACUCAACGCCCAGCAGCAAGAGCAGUGAUCUCCAGCAUGUGUCCUACGGCAGAGGAGUGCCACCAGCUCCCAUUGCUGGAGAUGCACGUCCCACGUGUACCAUCUGCGCCAAAACUUUCCAGCGGCAACAUCAGCUAACUCUGCACAUGAACAUUCACUACAUGGAACGCAAAUUUAAAUGUGAACCCUGCAGUAUAUCCUUCCGCACGCAGGGACAUCUGCAGAAACACGAGCGAUCGGAGGCGCACAAGAACAAGGUGAUGAUGACGUCCACGUUUGGUGUUCCAACUACCUCGAAUCCACGACCUUUUGAGUGCACGGACUGCAAGAUCGCCUUCCGCAUCCAUGGCCAUUUGGCUAAACAUCUGCGUUCGAAGACACAUGUCCAGAAGCUGGAGUGCCUGCAGAAGCUGCCAUUUGGAACUUUCGCCGAAAUUGAACGUGCUGGGAUAAGUCUUACAGAAAUCGAUACAAGCGACUGUGAAAAUUCGCUUAUAUCGCUGAAGUUGCUGGCCCAGAAACUGCUGGAGAAGGAUCCAAGCAAAUUGAGUAGCUAUACCACACCCUCUGGCAUGAUGCAACUGGCCCAGGAUGGAACUGGUCCUGUAUCGCAGGAUAGUGCAUCUGAAGACGGCUUUAGUGUUGCUAUUGCCAAUGCUAUAGCUUCGCUGGACAAUGACAGUGCUGGGAACACACCCAAGCGUGCGAGCUCCAUGUCCGAGGAUGAAACGGUUACCAACGGCUUGAAUCAUAACCUGAAGCGUCGUUUGCCAGGAAGUUUUAGCAGCACUGGCGAGGAGAGCGAUAAUCCGGCAGAAAACAAUGGUGAGAAGCGAGCUCGAUCUAGCCAGGAGCUGCCUGUACCCGUGCCCGUGCCCGUGGCUGCUUCAGGAGCGGCCAGUAACUGACAGUAUAUGUACAUGCUGCAGCCCAGCUGAGGUUAUCAGUAUCCGGCGGUCUAUCAUCUAGACAACAGUCAGUACGCCAUCUAUAAUUCUAGGAGCGAGGGACGACGCCAUGACCAAACCACCUCCAACGAGCGCAUAUCAAAUGUCUAAGCAUAUCGCAUUUGGGCACACACACAACUUACUCUAGGAGCUAGCCUAUAAGACCCACCAACUAAUAUUGGGCUAAUCGCGUAUCGUAAUCAAAUGAUAGGCUAGAUAGAGCCAGAUAAGCGAGUCAGCUAUUCCAGUGUGAACACUCUAAGGGGAACUACUGCCUAAAAACGAAUCUUAUAGCAGUCGCCCCCAUCAUGCAGAUCAUUUCGGUCUGCCUCUUAAGUAUUUAGUUUAAGGAAUCGUCAUCAGCUAGCCCUAGUUAUAAGCCAACCAGCAAGCACACGUAUAUAUAUAUAUAUGUAUAUUAUACAUUAAUUAACCAUAAUUUGUUUUCGAAAUGCAUAAAUGCAAAAACUCCUGAAGUGCUGUGAGUCUAUCUACAAAUGUAAAGAGCCGAGAAGUGUGUUAUUUAUAAGGCAUAGCCCAAUAAUGAACCCCACAAAAAAAAAAAAAAAACGAAAAGAACCAGAACACCCACAUUGAGUAUAUUGGUUUUCCAAGUCCAAAUCCAAAUUGAAUCAUCUAAAAAUCACGUAGUUCUUCCUUAUUUUCAAAUUGUUAUCACGCCAAGUUAAGAGGAGCAAAUGAAAAUGGUGAAUGCAAAAUUAUGUUUUAGUUUUGUUUUAAUUUUUAAAACGAGAGACGAGACCACGAGACUCUUUGAAUUGUUUGUUUUAAUUUUGUAUUUGACAGAAGAGAAACGAAAUGAUGAAGAAUAGCUAACUGUAAAUAAUCAAUAUGUUGUCAUAUAUGCAUUAAGCGUUAGGUUAGUCAAACAAACUACACAAAGUUGAUAGAUAUAAAUGAAAAUUAUUGUACAAACUGCUAUGGCAAAUGCUACAGCAACGUAUAUAUACACAUAGAUAUAUGUAUAUAUAUGUAUAUCUAUAUAUAUUUGAAUGUAUGUAUGUGGUUAAACAACAAGAAAAUGAAGUGAUCUAUUACAUU